CUGCGAAUGGUGAGUCCCGAGGAAUGCUUUCAGGCAAUUAUCAACGAUAGGACACACACCAUCCUCCUGAUCACAGAAGACGAGCUUGCCAUCGAUGAUAGGAUGCUUGAAUCUGCAGCGAAACUCCACGCAGAGGCAAUCAAGAGAGUUAUCGGUUUGAAACGCACGGCCACCGACAAUCUGUCUCGCACUCACCACCCUCGGAAGAUGCGCUAAGGGUGCGAACUGGAGCGCAGGGUCCUUAGCGCACUGCAGGAUCUGUCCUUAGUGUGGUUCGUGGCACUGGAAAGCAUCUGCUAGAUUUGCAAUUGUUUGCUG